AUGAUGCCACAGGUACUACCAAAAAAACGAUCAGAAAACCCAGAUGAAAGAAGAAUAAGUACCAGCAGUAGUACCAAUAGUUCCAAUAAUCAUAAUCACACCCCCAACAGAACAACUCCAACCUCCAAUAGGAUUAUGGCAAACAGGAAGGUACUGAAUCGAAUUAUGUCGGCGAGACACGUUAGUAGAUCUAUAGCGGAAGAUGCAGACACUAGCAACUCAUUUGACGAUGGGAUUGGAUUCAAUGAAAAUAAGCAUACCAUCAUGUCCAAUUUUGAAGAAUGGAUUAAAAUGGCAACAGAUAAUAAAAUCACGGUGAAGAAUUCUUGGAACUUUGAUUUGAUUGAUUAUUUCCACGAUUUGAAUGUGAUUAAAGACGGUGAAAAUAUAAAUUUUCAAAGGGCAUCUGCUACUUUAGAUGGUUGCGUGAAAAUAUAUUCGAAUAGAGUCGAAUCAGCCGCCACUGAAACAGGUAAGUUGUUGAGUGGAUUAAGUAAGAAAGAUGAUGGCCAUAAUGGUAAUCAAGAAGCCGGCGACGGAGAUGAAAAUGAAAAUGGAGAAAAUGAUGAUGACGAUAGAGACGGCAACGAUGAAGAUUCUAGAAAGAAAAGGAAAUUUAACCGUAUUGUCGAGUCUACGCUAGUUGAGUUUGAUGCUAUAAAAGUGAAAAAACUAGAGCAAGAAUUGGCUAUUGAUCCAUUAUUCAAAAAGGCACUAGCUGAAUUCGACGAAGGUGGUGCCAAAAGUUUAUUAUUGAAUACAUUGAACAUAGACGUAUCUGGAAGAGUGGUAUUUGAUGCAACGUCAAACCCUAUUCAAGAGACAAAAGAGGCCAAUCAGGUGGAAGCUGAUCUUCAACAAGUACAGGAAUCACAAACAUUGGAUACGAGACGGUCAGACGUCUCAUCACUAAAGCAGUUUUUGUUCAAGAAUAACGAGAACUUUGAUGAUCUAACUCUCUGUCCAUCAUUAGUAGAGUUCCAAUCAGCAUUAGCAGAUGUCAAUAAAGCUAAGAGUAUUCUCAAUGAUUUCAAUUCAAAGAUCACCACUGCAGCACAAGAACCGCUUGUAUUUAAGGAAACCGAGGAGAACAAUGACUUUGAUUUUGGGGAGUUUAACGACUUUGGUGACAACGACGACUUUAAUGAUGAUAUCAAUACCAAUGAUAAUAGUAGCCAUAACGAUCCGUAUAACAAUAUUGAUAAUACAAUCAUGAAAGCCUUGUUCAAUGAAAAAACCGACAGCAGUAUUUAUUCGCGAACACAAAGCACAGCAAUUAUGGAUCAGGACUUGAUGGCUUACUUUGAUGACCGAAUGAAAUCAAACUGGCGUGGCCCUGACAAUUGGAAAGUUGCUGCAUUCAAGAAGGCCAAUAAUAUUGACCAAAAGCAACCCGAUGCCUCAAUUAAACAAGAAUCAUCCACCCAGGCAUCAACGGCAGCACGAAAAAAGCCUGAAAAUAUUAUAAUAGAUUUUCUCAAUGAUGACGAUGACGUUGAUGAAGAUAUUCUUUUUGAACCACCAAAAAAUUUAAACUCAAUAUCAAAGAAAGGUAAAUUCAGGCCGUCGGACUUUAUACUACCUGAUGACAUCAAGUAUAAUUCGGCCAGAUUAACCAAUUUAUUUACAAAACCACAAGUUGCUAUAAUGCACUACGGAAAUAAGAGAUUACAGGGACUUGAUGGACAGACACUAACCGAUCAAAACUAUUUUGCAGAACAGUAUCGACAACACGAAGAAGAAGAAAGAGACAGACUUGCUAAUUCGUUCCAUCAAGCUGAAUGUGACGAUUUUGAUAAUGACUUUGGUGACAACAAUGACUUUGGUGGAGUAGAUUUCAAUGAUGCAUUAGAAGCAGAUGUACCAGACGUAGUUGCUUCUGAAAGCCAGAGUGUCAUGGGUAAGAGACGUCCAGAAUAUGUCAAUUUCUCAAGGGUUGCUAAGCGAGUUGAUGUAAAAUUGUUGAAAGAUAAUUUAUGGGUUGUAAUGAAAAAUCAAUUAGCAGACAAAAAAGAGGAUCCAAAGGAGGAUUCGCCAGAUACAGAGGUAACCGAGAAAAAGAGUACUAUUGAUUUCAAAAGCGUUGUUCAAAAUGUUUUACGAACAUACAGACCAGAGCAGGCAAAGGAUUUAUCAACCAGUUUUUGUUUUAUUUGUGUGCUACAUCUUGCCAACGAACAUGGAUUAGCUAUUCAGAGCAAUGAAACUCAUGAUAAUUUGACUAUUAUAGGUUCUUAA